AUGAAACUGGCCUACUUGCUAACUUUCUGCAUUUGGUGCUAUGACCCAACUCAUCUCCCCAUCCCUGCAGAGAAACCUGGGACCAUGAGGAGCAGCCUGACCCUGGUGGGGACCCUCUGGGCCUUCCUGUCCCUUGGUACUGCUGUGGCCAGUUCUACCAGUUACUUCCUGCCUUACUGGCUCUUUGGAUCCCAGCUGGGGAAGCCAGUGUCAUUCAGCACAUUCCGGAGGUGCAACUACCCCGUGCGGGGAGAGGGGCACAGUCUGAUCAUGGUGGAAGAGUGUGGGCGCUAUGCCAGCUUCAGUGCCAUCCCAAGCCUGGCCUGGCAGAUGUGCACAGUGGUGACAGGUGCCGGCUGUGCUCUGCUGCUCCUCGUGGCACUGGCUGCUGUCCUGGGCUGCUGCAUGGAGGGGCUCAUCUCCAGAAUGAUGGGACGUUGCAUGGGAGCAGCACAGUUCGUGGGAGGGUUGCUGAUAAGCUCAGGCUGUGCAUUAUACCCCUUAGGAUGGAAUAGCCCGGAGAUAAUGCAAACAUGUGGGAAUGUCUCCAAUCAAUUUCAGUUAGGUACCUGUCGGCUUGGCUGGGCCUAUUACUGUGCUGGAGGUGCAGCAGCUGCAGCCAUGUUGAUCUGCACCUGGCUCUCUUGUUUUGCUGGAAGAAACCCCAAGCCUGUCAUGUUGGCGGAGAGCAUCAUGAGGACCACCAAUUCUUAUGCCAUGGAGCUUGACCACUGCCUCAAACCUUGA